CGUAUUACUAGUUUAAUGUUUUUUAAUAAGGCGGCAACCCGCCAAUCAGUUUAUAUUGACAUUUCAGUUAAAGUAAGAAAAAUUUUUUUCUUACGUGUGAAUUGGGCAUACAGUUUUAUCACAACUUUGAUAUUUAGGUGCAAUUGAACUAAUAACAUUAAGAAAAUUUAUCAUUGCACACGACAUCAUCCAAAAUAGUUCUUGACUUGUGCCAAUUAUAUUCGUAAUGUUUCUCCGUUUUCCACACCACGGGCAAAACAUAAAAGAACAUUACAACAAUCAUAAGGAAUAUUCAAAGGAAACAUAAAAAACAACCGUAGCUUUUAUCAAACGCCACGCCGUACAUAACGUUAACCACCUGUCUACAAGAAAUUAUGAAAAUUCGGUUCAAGCCACUUAUUGUGCUGCUGCUCCCGCCGCUUCUAAUUUUCCAUAUUGCAACUGCUGAAUUGCAGGGGCCGUUGCCCACAUCCAAAGAUGUCGCUACUCAAGGUUCAACACACAAAGAGACAACGACUGCACCAACUGCCUCAAAUUCAGAAGCAAUCACGAAAAGUGAUGAAGGAACAGCAGAUUUAACGGAAAGCAGCACAUCAAGCAAUGAACGCAAAGCGAACAAAUACGUUUCAGAGAACGCGUUGCCCACAGACUCUACCACUACAGUAGCACCUUUAUCAGCUUUUGAAGAGGAGAUUGGACAACGUUCUAAACUCUUACAGCAAGCCCUAAUCGAACGUCUCUGGAAUGAAAAUAUGGAACGUUUUAAAUUAAAAGAGCAAAUAGAGGCGAUUGAAGCAAAUCGUGAAGCACCAGAGGCUGUAGAUCCGACGCCGAAAGAAAUUGAAGCUCAAACUCUUUACGAAAAAGCAAUGGAUAUGCUCUCAAAACCCCGCAGUGAUAAAGAUCUAGCUUAUAAGCUCAUAAUACGUGCUGCAGAAAUGAAACAUCUUAAAGCGCGUGCAGAACUGGCUUGGACACAUCUACUAGGUCAUUAUGCCGAGCUAAAUUUCGAGUUGGCUGCUGCAGAGUUCGAUGAACUAGCCAAAGAAGGAGUGCCGGAGGCCAAUAUGGGUCUGGCAUUCCUAUACUCGGUGGGUGUUGGUGGUAAAAAUGUAAGCCAACCACUUGCGUUAAUCCAUCUAACACUUGCCGCAUUAGGUGAGCAUACAUUUGCUCAGAUGGCUCUGGGCUAUCGCUAUUUAUAUGGCAUCAACGUACCAACUAAUUGUGAAAAGGCACUUAUGUACUACAAAAAAGUGGCAAAAAAAGUAGCAGCAAAAGUCACGUUUUCUAACGGCCCUGUCGUACAUCGAGUACGCCUGCUAGAUGAAUCUGAAAAUCCUGGCAGCCAAGAAACAGAAAUAGUUGACUAUUAUCAGUUGCUAGCCGAUAAGGGAGAUGUCCAAUCACAAGUUGGUCUUGGUCAGCUAUACUACCAAGGCGGGAAAGCUAUACAGCAAGAUCACCAAAAGGCGUUGGAAUAUUUCACCAAAGCAGCAAAUGCAGGAAAUGCAAUCGGUUUCGCCUUUUUGGGCAAACUAUAUCUGGAGGGAAGUGAAUUCAUUAUAGCUGACAACGAGACCGCAUUUAAGUAUUUCAAAAAAGCUGCCGAAUUGGGCGAUCCAGUUGGACAGAGUGGUCUGGGAUUAAUGUACCUUAAAGGACUCGGUGUGCCAAAAGAUUCCCUCAAGGCCUUAAAUUACUUCACUCAAGCAGCUGAUCAGGGCUGGGUUGACGGCCAAUUGCAAUUGGGAAACAUGUACUUUACGGGGAAUGGUGUAAAAACCGACUAUAAAUUAGCGCUUAAAUAUUUCAACUUGGCUUCACAGUCAGGCCACGUAUUGGCGUACUAUAACUUGGGUAUAAUGCACACAUACGGCAUGGGCAUGUUACGUUCUUGCCCCGCCGCUGUAGAAUUCUUUAAGAAUGUUGCUGAACGUGGACGCUGGAGUACAAAUAUGAUGCACGCCUACAGUGAUUACAAAAGGAAUCGUAUCGACGGAGCGUACAUGCAAUAUGCUCUAUUAGCCGAAUUAGGCUACGAAGUAGCACAAAGCAAUGCCGCUUUUGUUUUAGACCGCGGUGAUGUAAGUAUAUUCCACGAUCGACAUGAAGAACUUAUUCGUGCGUUCUACUAUUGGAAAAGAGCGGCAGGACAAGGAUACUCGGCGGCACAAGUAAAAUUGGGGGAUUACUACUAUUAUGGCUGGGGGACGAUUGUAGAUUUUGAGACGGCAGCUUCACUAUAUAGGAAAGCAUCCGAGCAACAGUAUAAUGCUCAAGCAAUGUUCAAUCUUGGUUAUAUGCACGAGCAAGGUCUGGGCAUGAAGAAAGACUGGCACCUCGCAAAGCGUCUCUACGAUCUUGCGGCCGAAACAAAUGCCGAUGCUAAGGUGCCGGUGGCAAUAGCACUACUUAAACUACAAAUGCUUGCAAAGAUUGAAGCCGUAAAGGAGUCGCCUUACAAAUUUAUCUUCUACAUGGAUGAAAAUAUUGCCGCUAAUUGGGAUUUAUAUAUGAUCACUAUUUUAACACUACUUUUGGGAUUUAUUAUGUAUACAAGACGCCCAUAUCAACAGCAACAACCAGCUGAUCAGCCGCAACAGGAGCAGGCGCACCCUGAAGAAGAACAAUUGGAUCCACAUCAACAACCAGAAUAGCGUUUAUAUAUGUUUGAAGGGAUGUUGACAUGUUGAAAUAAGCAUAAAAAGAAAAACCUACUAAAUAGUAAUACUUUUAUAGGCGUAAUUAGUUGAUAUAUGUAAAUAACAGUUAAUAAUUUAAUGUUGUUCGUUGCAUUACCGUUAACACCGCCGCUACUACCUACCAAAUCCACGAUGAAACUUAGUCCUGUGGCAUGCAACUAUAAUAACUUGUCGUUUCCAUACAGAGGCGGAUUGAAUGAGCACAUUUUAGAAUUUUAAAAAGUUAAAACAAUAAUGAAAUCUAUUGUAAUAAUGGAACUUUCUGAAUCGAUAUUUAGAUUUUUAUGUGCAUACGAGAAUAAUUCCCUUUAUUAUUUAAAAGUUGCUUAAAUAAAUUAUUUUAUACCAUAA